UGUUACAGUAAAAGAAGAGGAGGAAGAGAAAGAGGAGGUGACUGUCACAGUGAAAGAAGAGGAAGACAUUUUUGGAAUGAGGGAAGUGGGGGAGAUUACUGUCACAUUGGAGGAAGAAGAAGAGGAGACAGGAGAUCUGAUUAACAACCGAGAGAGACCAGACUCUCACUCUGACAGAGGGAAGAAGAGUCCUUCAGGGGAACCAGACCCAGAUGCGCCCAAACCAGUGAGACGACACCACUGCUCCCAGUGUAAUUUGAGUUUUAAGUUUUUAUGGAAACUGAAACAGCAUGAGAGGACACACAUAGGGGAGAAGCCACACCACUGCUCCCAGUGUGGAAAGAGUUUUACCCUGUUAGGGAACCUGAAAAAGCAUAAAGGAAUACACACAGGAGAAAAGCCUUUCCAAUGUUCCCAGUGUGGAAAGAGAUUUUCACGAUCACAGGAACUAAAAUCACAUGAGAUGAAACACACAGGGGAUAGACCACACCACUGCUCCCAUUGUGGAAAGAGUUUUACCCAGUUAGGGAGCCUGAACAAACAUAAGAGAAUACACACAGGAGAAAAGCCUUACCACUGCUCCCAGUGUGGAAAGAGUUUUAUACAGUUAGGGAACCUGAACAACCAUAAUAUAAUACACACAGAAGAAAAGCCAUUCCAAUGUUUCUACUGUGGAAAGAGAUUUUCAAGAUCACAGGACCUAAAAUCACAUGAGAUGAUACACACAGGGGAGAAGCCACACCACUGCUCCCAUUGUGCAAAGAGUUUUACCCAGUUAGGAAGCCUGAACAAACAUAAGAAGAGAAUACACUCUGGAGAGAAAUCUUAACAUACUUUCCCAGUCAGAGGACCUGCAAUCACAUGACAGAAUAGAGAGGCUGUGUUCUGACUUAUGUUUUUGAGGUUGUUUUUAAAUGAAAUGUUGAUAUGAAAAAUAUGAUUUGGAUAUUUUAAAAUUCCAAUUAUAAAAUAGAUUUAGUAGAAUGUGCAUUUCUUGAUUUUAACCUAGAAAUGUUAUGAAUUUAAGUUGUUGUGUUUCAUUGAGUUCUUCACGCUAAAGGUGUAUGAACAAUUUGAUGAUGUCGUUCUGAUAACGUUGACAAUUUUUUGACACUCGCUUCCUCAUGAAUGUUCCCAUUAGUAUUAUUCCACCAUGUCAGAGAAAACACAGGUGCUGCAUUUGAUUAAUGGAACAUAUUGUUGUCUGAAUAUAAAUAUAAUGUGGAACGGCACUAGUGGACAUUCAUUAUAUACAUCUGUGUAUUGUGUAUUGUCAUUAUAUACAUCUGUGUAUUGUGUAUUGUCAU